AUGUUUUCCUCCCUCCCCACGACUAUUUCGGGGAAGCCCCUGCCCCAACCGCUAUUCCCUAGAAAUUGACCAUCCCCAUCAACUUUUUGCAUGACAAACGCAGAUUUUAGUACAUGUUUUGCUUUUGCUUGACAAAUUGGGUGGGGAUGGUUAAUUUUCAUGGAACAGCCGCCUUUGAGUUCGAAGAAACCGCGGCCGAAAAAGGAGAAACCGCCGAAACCGCCACCGUAUUACAAUGAAAAAUACCCCCACCCCCGAACUUGGCAGCAUUUGUAUUGCAAACCUUUCCAAUGGAAACAUUCCCCGUCUUGCAUGUAUCAGCAUCACAAAUUUUCCAGGUUGAAUAGCUCAAAUCUGUGUUACAAAGGAGCCCAACAGCAGGCAGAUCUGGUAUGCAAAAGACACCUGGCGCACCUAGAUUCUGCAUCAGAAAGGCUCGUAGUCCUUUUAUGCAAGACAAACGGCUUUCAUUUGGAAACUUUGCAUGAGAAACUUUUGCAAAUUCUGGGGUGGGGGCAUUUUUCACUGUAAUACACUGAGCGCCGGGUUUCUCCAUGCGGCGAAUUCGAUCCUGCAGUCGGAAGAAGACUUGGAAAAGAUGCGGUUUGAUGCACUGUUAGCGAGAAGCCGAACUUUUGUUGACACAGAAGAUGAGGAAAUCACAACGACGGCAGAUGAGGACGAAUCGGCGAUGAAUCCGCCGCUGCGAGGACGGGGAGCGCAUCAUGAUGCACAGGGUGUCAACAACGGGUCGCAGGGCUUGAGAACAGCUACUGCGAAUCAAGCCAACCGCCUCUACUGUCCCGCACUGCAGAUCAAAUGUCCGGCGCUAUGGGAGUGUCAGGAUUGAAAUCGACAAAGUUGAAAUAACUUGUAAUGCAUAAAAUCGAUACCAAUUGGACCCACAGUUUUUACUCGGCGCAUGACAAAUUUUGUCCGUACUGGAGGCCAAUUUGUCAUGCUGUUUAGGGCAAAGGGGCUCCCCUCUGUGAUGCUAAUCAGCAGCCCAGUUCUCGACACUUACCAGCACUACAAUCUGCCUCCCUUGCGUCCUCUGCAAUAGAGGCAAUUUCUGCGUUGCAUUUUAUGCAUGACAAACAAUUUCAACUUUGUCCUCGAUUUCAACUCUGACACAUCCAUAGGCGCAACUGCAGCUGUACAAACUGCAGGAGCAGUUUCGGCAACGGGAAAACUGGUGGCGACAGGAGUAUUUGAUAUCCAAGAAAAAAACGCUGUUAGGGCAAAUUUGUGAUGCGCAACAUGCAAGACGAUUGCGUCUGUCAUGCUUGGCAUGCGUCGUAGGCUCCAUUAAAGGGCGUUUUCACGUACUAUCUGCGCAUGACAGGUUUUUGGUGUCCUGCGCAUGCCAGACAAAUUUGUAAUGCUGUUCCUCCAAAAAAGUUACACCUACAAUGUUUUUUUCUCGGAUAUUUGAAGUUGAAAAAACAGUGUGACCGCAAAUUGAAUGAGGUGAAGGCGAGCACCACGAAUUACGCACGGCAUUUCGAGGGAAUCGAAACGUGGCAAGACCCGACGCUUUAUGAAAUGCAAAUAUGUCUGGGUCUGGAAGGUUGCAACUUGUCAUGCCAAAUCCGAAUCAUGUAAAAAUCUGUGUUGCAUGAGUUCCAAAAGCUGUCCACUUUCGACCAAGAUGGGAGGGAGUUUGUCAUGCAGGAGAGGAAUGGCAGAGACCUCGCAGAGUCUGUCAUGCUAGGUCCCGCAUUCCGGACCUCAUGCGUCACGGAAAACCUGCAUGACAAGUUUACACUCCUCCAGACCCAGACACAUUUGCACUUCAUACGCUUUCCGAGCUCAUCGAGCGGCGCAGACAGAUGGCGGAGCUGGACUUGAUUAUCGAGAAGUGCGCGUUUUAUGAGAGGCUGAACACCAAGCGGAAAUUUUUCUUCCCCUGGAAGGACAUGUCCGGCGCGGGGGCGAACGGGUUGUUGCGGCAGAUCGAGAACUUGACCCGCGAGCGGGAUAAGCUCAAGAAGGAGUGGGAGGAAAUGAAGGCGGAGCUGGGAAAAACGAAAAAGGAGUUAGAAUAUGAAAUGCAAAAGCAUCGUACUAGUAUAAAUCGCAUGACAAAUUUCCUCAGCAUGAUGAUAAAUUAAAUUUGUAAUGCGGAUUUACCUUAAGACAAAGAUUUGCAAUGCAUAAACGCAAUUACUACGAGUGCGAUGCUUUUGCAUUGCAUAUAGAAAUCACGAAAAUGAAACUCCGCCGGUCGGAAGAAAACCACCGGUUCGCGUCCGAAGACGCCGUGUGCCAAAGGCGGGCGUAUGAAAGUGCACAACUCCCCCUCUCCCUCAUUUCCAUUUGUAAUGCAAAAUCCCAAAUCCAGCACCAGCUGCUGCCUUGUAGGACUGUUUGCAUGUUGACAAAUCCUGGAAGCCCCAAGAGCACUACAAUCCAGUGCAUAUUACUAUCUAUUAUAUUCAUGCGAAAGUAGAGGUCUACAGAGGAUAAAAGAGAGGUGGCCGAGAGGUCAAAAAGAGGCCGACAGAGGUAAAAAAGAGGUCGACCGAGGUGAAGAGGUGGCGCGGGGGGUCUUUCGAGAGGGAGACCGAGAGGUGGCGCGAGUAUAGCCCGCCGAAGGGUCCACUCUUUAGCGCCGCUGAAGCGCCUCGGAGGGUGCAGAGAGGUGGAAAGGAGGGCAAGCGAGAGGUGGGCAGAGGUGCCGAGAGGUUGCGCGAAUAAGGCGGGACCUCUUGCGCACCCUCUCGGCGACCUCCCGGCCACCUCUGUAGCCCUCUGCCCGCGAGUAUAGCCCGACUAUUAGCGGGGACCUCCGAGAGAGGUCAAAAAGAGGGGCCGCGAGAGGGCCCAAAAAACCCGAAUCCGCCCGGCACGCGGCCGAUUUUCCUGGGGCUUUGUCAUCGUGCAGGCCCACACCCUCUCGCGCUAUCACCUCGCGCACCCUCUCGCGCACCCUCCCGCGUCAACCUCCCGCGCGUGAUCAAAAAAGAACAGCGCGGCCCCCGUUCUGCUUCGGUAGGCACCUACGCCGAGGCGGUUUCGCUUCGCCCCCAAGCUUCGCUGCAGCUGCUCCCUGCGCAUAGCGCCGGAAGGCGCGGGAAGCGCGCAGGAGGCCCAGCGGGCUGAGAUGGCGCAACCCGCGCCAGUAUUUCCCUCGACCUAUCACGUCGCGCGCAAAGGCAUGGCGCUGUGGCCCGGUCCGCAAAUAGUCCUGCCCCGCCACAACAGCCGCUCGCCCCGGCGUCAGCCGGGGCAUGGCUGGUAAUUUGUCAUGCAAAACCGACAUCCUUGCGGAUGCUUGUAUUGCCGGUCAUGCUAUACAAAUGAGGGGGAGGGGUAGUUGUGCAUUGUCAUAGGGCGAAGAUCGAGUUCAAGAAGAAGCUCAUUUGGACGGAAGGAAGAUUGGAAUUGGCGAAUUUGAAAAUUGCGGAAUUAGAGAAGGAAGUCGCUUACAUCCGGAACAGAAUGCGGGAAUUGACGGAGCAGGCCAUCAAGCUGGAAAAAGCGUUAAAGGCGGAGAAGCAAAUGACCGCGGAAUUGCGGGAAAAAGUGUUCGAAUUGGAAAACCAGGUGCAGAUUUUGGAGCAAAAGCUAAAGCACGCGAGCGCGCUAUCCAAGAAAAAUAGAUUGUAGGUGUAACUUUUGUGGAGGAACAGCAUGACAAAUCUGUCUGGCAUGAGAGCAAAAGCCUGUCAUGCGCAGAUGGUACGUGAAAACGCGCUUCGGUGGACCUCUUAAUGCAUGCCCAGCAUGACAGCUGCACUUACUUUGCAUGUUGCGCAUCACAAAGUUACACUAAGAGUGUUUUUUUCUUCGAUAUGCGCACACGGAGUACUGGCGCAACAAGUACAACGACCUGCUGAAGGGCUAUGGAACUGUCAGGAUCGAAAUCGACAAAGUUGAAAUAAUUUGCCAUGCACAAAAUGGAGGCCAGGCGAAGCCCCGUUUCCAAGCGGCGCAUGACAAGUUUGGGUAGAAUCUAGAUCCAGUUUGUCAUGCUGUUCGGGUAAGGACGACGCGUUUUGUCAUGCUACUUGAGCAGCUCUAUUUCUAUUCCUCAACAGGCUUCCCGUCUGCCUCUCUUGCGUCCUCUGCAAUAGAGACAAAUUCUGCAUUGCAUUUUAUGCAUGGCAAACUAUUUCAACUUUGUUGAUUUCAAUCCUGACGCUUCCAUAAGGGCAAGAAAAAAUCCAUGCUCGCGAACCUGGCGGAAAAAGCGAAAAAAUCCGCCUGGUUCGGCAAGGAGUGCGAUUUCUGCGGGUAUGCGCCGAUUUUUAUGCACUGCAAAGGUAUCGUAGUCGUACUCGUAUAAUAAAUUUGAAUGCAUUACAAAUUUCCUCAGCAUGAGAAAGAAAAUUUGUAAUGCGCAUUCACCUUAAGAAAGAGACUUGUAAUGCAUGAUUGCAUUACGAGUACGAUACUUUUGCACAGGAUAAUUUUUCGGCUGAAACCCUGUCCGCAGUGCGGACACUUGACGGAGAAGAACCUAUGAGAGUGCGCAACUCCCUCUCCCCCUCAUUUGUCAUGCAAAAUUCCUAAUCCACCCUUUGCCUCUUAGCACUGUUUGCAUGACGGAUUUCGGAAUCCAAAACAGCACUACAACAAUCCUCUGGGAAUUUGUCAUGCAAAAGCUGCCUGAUCUUUGCCAAUGCCAGCGCUUGUGUUGCUGUUCAUGCCACACAACUGAGGGGGAGGGGCGGGGGUUGUGCACUCCCAUAGAACCCCGGGACAGUCUGGAAGGCCGGUUGGCUGUUGCGGUUACCGAAGUCCUUGCGGGCCUGGAAGUCCGUGUUUCACUACGAGGAGCAGAAACAGACGACUAGCUUGUUCAUGGUCAGUCAAAAUUUGGAGAAGAUGAUGCACGGGCAACUGCGCACCGCGGAGCAAGUGGAAAACGCGAAACGACUUUUGGACUCGAACCAGGUAUCCCCGGAAAAGGUGUUUCUUCCCGCGUCGCCGGAAAUUAUCACACUGCACAACUCCGCCUCCCCCUCAUUUGUCAUCGCAAAAUACCUGUAUUCACACCCUGCUUCUUGGCACUGUUUGCAUGGCAAGUUCUGGCAGGCCAAAUAGCACUACAAUUGAUUCUGUCCAAAUUUGUCAUGCAAAACCUGCAUUCUUGACGACGCUUGUGUUGCAGCUUAUGCAAUACAAAUGAGGGGGAGGGGGAGUUGUGCUCUCUUAUAGAAAUUUUGGUGGACCCGAAGACGGGUAGGGUGGAGGAGAAAGUCCCCGGUUCGGAAAAAAACGAAGACUUUGGCUUGAAUGAUGUUGGUGUUACUGGGUGA